UGCCUAAUACCAUUUCGUUCUUGCAGGUGUUUAAUUAUUGGCUUUAGACACAGUCCUCAGAGAGAAAAAGAAGAAAAAGAAAAGGCUAGUAUAAAAUCUUUCGAAAUUAUCCUCAGCCUCCUUGACAUUUUCCAGACUGGCCUUGUUUCGCUUGUCUCUCUGAAAUGCCUGUGAGUGCCGUGAGGCGUGGCUUUGGCACAGCUGUCUUUGUUUUUUCCUGACUUAGUCGUUCAGGCCAGAACGCUGCACUCUGGCUGUUUGAAAUCCCUACUGAAUUUGGAGAAAUUGUGUCUUGGCAUCUGGCCUAUUUCCCUAGAACAUGAUGUGAUGUUGUCAACAGGGGCCAGUCUUUCCACUUUGUCUGUCUCCUUCCCAGCACUUGAACAUUCCGUGGUCAGUGAGACUAGAAUGGAAAGGCACGCUUGCCAUCCUUGCUGUGUUUCCUGCCUGACUACAUGACUUUUAUAAUGUCACUUGUGAAUAACUUGAUCAGAUUAGGGCGAAUCACGGGGUUGGCCAAUAGCAAUCGGAAGGACUCUCCAGCGUCACUUGUUGCAUGAUUAGGAAAUGCAUCCGGAUAGACCUGCCCAGUGCAUGCUCAGGGCUGUCAUUCCUCUUUGUCUCUGCUGUCUAAUUCACGAGACAAGAUGAGUGUGGACUGUUCGAGCAAUGCCAGCUGCCCUGCCCACAGCAUGGAGGACGAGCUGCCGCUGCAGAUGGAGGGCCACGGGAUCCUGAAGCUUGUUUUCACAGUGGUGUCGGCCCUGAUGGUGGGCCUGGUCAUGUUCUCCUUUGGAUGCUCGGUGGAGAUUCGGAAGCUGUGGUCACACUUCAGAAGACCCUGGGGCAUUGCAGUGGGGCUGAUUUGCCAGUUUGGGCUCAUGCCUCUGACUGCGUAUCUGCUAGCCCUCAGCUUCUCUCUGAAACCCUUCCAAGCUAUUGCUGUCCUCAUCCUGGGGUGCUGCCCUGGGGGCACCAUCUCGAAUGUUCUGACCUUCUGGGUUGAUGGAGAUAUGGAUCUCAGCAUCAGCAUGACGACCUGCUCCACAGUGGCCGCCCUGGGAAUGAUGCCCCUCUGCCUCUACCUCUACACCUGGUCCUGGGACCUAAAGCAGAAUCUCACCAUUCCAUACCAGAGCAUAGGAAUUACCCUCGGCUCUCUGAUUGUUCCUGUGGCUUUCGGCGUCUUUGUGAAUUAUAGGUGGCCAAAGCAAGCGAAAGUCAUUCUUAAGGUCGGGGCCAUUGCGAGUGGCAUCCUCCUCCUGGUGGUGGCCGUCAUUGGUGUGGUCCUGGUCAAGGGAUGGAAUAAUAUAGACAUUACUCUUCUGCUCGUCAGCUUCAUUUUUCCUUUGGUCGGCCACGUCACGGGCUUCCUGCUGGCACUCCUCACCCACCAGUCUUGGCAAAGGUGCAGGACGAUUUCCAUAGAGACCGGAGCACAGAACAUCCAGCUGUGCAUUGCCAUGCUGCAGCUGUCCUUCGCUGCCGAGUACCUGGCCCAGCUGUUUAACUUUGCCUUGGCCUACGGACUCUUCCAAGUGCUGCUGGGGCUCCUCACUGUUGCAGCAUAUCAGGCAUACAAGAGGAGGCAGAAGAGCAAGCUCAGGAGGCAGCACCCUGGUUGCCCAGAGGUCAGCUAUGAGAAGCCCAGAGAGACCAGUGUUUUCUUGGAGGAAGGUGAUGAAGUCACUGUAACUCUGGAGCCACCGGGACCAGAGCAGCAGCAUAGGGCUGCUGAGUAAUCAGCCACAUUCCUUCAGGGGAAUAGGGCCAGCUUGGCCCUCCAUCUUCCUUCAUGGCCAGUAAAGACCAUGUGAUGUGUGAACAUCGCUGGAGGGACUGUGAGAACAAGCAGUGAACGAUUGACUUCUAGGUUCUUCCAUCCCUGUCUGUCUCCUGUGGGACAGCGAGUGGUGGCUGGCAGUCAGCAGGCAUCUCCGGGCGAAGCUGGCCUCCGCUGUGGAUUUUAACCAAAGAGAGAGAACACCGGUGUAGCGGAGACUCACACUGCAGGAUGGAGCCGGUCCAGAUCCACUGAUUUCUUGGCUGUGAGCAGGUGCUCUGGAGUGCUUAGGGAAGAGACACUCAGAGAAAAAAAGCUUCAAGGACAUGAGUUUUAGGGGAUUAAGCAUCUUGUAAUUUUGAUACGUGUGUGAUGCAAGCUUAGAGACACUUUAAAGGAAACAUGUGAAGAAUCUAAAAAGUGAGUAUCUGGGUUAGUUCUUUCUCCAAAAAGGAACAGACAUGUGCUGGGAACCUCCAAAACAGACACGUGGCACUUGCCCUGAAUCUCCAAAACAACAGAGAUUCGUGCGCAAACCUUGGGUAUCCUGUGUGCAAAGUGGCCUAAAAUGUCCAGUUUGUACUCUGUGUUCUGACAUCGGCUGGUGAUGAUCUCAGAACAUCUGUAUACAUCUGUCUGUGUUACCUACCUCAUUCUUUAAAAAAGUGCUACGUCCAAGUGUUGUGUCAUAUAGGACAGUAAUUUAUUUAGCUCAUCCGGAUUAGCGGGUAUUCAGAUGCCUCCCCGUGUGGAGUGGCUGUGAGCUCCUGGCCCUCGUGCCCAUGUCCUUGUAGGAACCUUCCUGCAGUCUGGGGGGCAGGCCUGCUGCUCCUCAAAAGGUUCGAUUGCUCUGUCUUGGAAGGGCUCUGUUGUUUGGUCUCACGAGUUUAAGAAAUGAUUUUCCAUUGCUUUGAUUUGUGAAAACAUCUCAUUAAAUUAUGACAUCAAAACAUGAACUAGGGCUUUUUAUACUCAUUUCCUUCCUGUGUGUUUGACCAGCUUUUAUCCCCGUGAUAUUUUUCUUUUGCCUUUUUUGAAGACAGAACUUCACAUGGUGUCUGCCCAGGGUAGUGUUCAGCUUCCAAAAACCCUCCUGCCUCAGCCUCUUUUUUUUAUUUAAACCACUGCUUGGCCCAUUAGCUCUAGCUUCUUUUUUUUUAAUUUUUAUUUAUUUAUUAAAGAUUUCUGACUCUUCCCUGCCACCACCUCAGCCUCGAGUGCUCGAAAUUGCAGUGUGAGCCUCCGUGCCUGCUACUCUAGUCUUACCAAAGGACAGGCGGCUGUGCCUUGUCCUGUGCGUGGCCAAGGGCUUAGCUUUUGUUUCUUUAUAAUGUCUGCUGUUGCAGACUUACAUUUUUCACACAUUUAAGCUUUAUCAGUUUUUUAAAAUUGUUGUCGAGGCCAGAAGUUGGAAUGUUAGCCUUUUAUAGAUGAUGAGCUAUCAUACGUCCCCCGUGGAGAACGCAUGUGACGCCAUUCAGUUGUUUAUCUGCUCUCUGCAGUGGGCAUUUGCUUACACAGUAGGUGGUGCCUGGCCACUAGUAAAGCCCACACCUCCCUACCCUGACAUUAUUGAAAAUAUUUUCCUAAACGCUUUUCUAUUGCCUCUGUGGGUGUAAUACUUGCCUAUCCCUUAUUCUCAGUGCAGGGUGUUAAAAUUCUGUUUUAAAAUAUGUCCCUAUUUACUUUUGUUUUGUGCAUGUAUGUGAGGGGCAACACAUCGCCCGGCAUGCCACGUGGGGGUCAGAGGACAGCUUCAGGUGUUGGUCCUUGUCUUCUGCCUGGUAGAUGAGGUUCGUGCUAGUCACUAUGUGUCCGACUAGCUGUCUGGUGUGCUUCUGGGGACUCUGUCUCUACCCAUCUCACCCAGAAGCCUGAGAUUAUAGAUGUACUCACUCCGGCAUCUAGUUGUAUAUGGGUUCUGCACACACAUUCAGGCUAGCGAGGAAAAUGCUUUACCCAUUGAGCCAUCGGUCCAGCCCAAGAAUUUUAUUUAAAUAUUUGUUUUUAAGAUUUUAUU